UCUCACUUAUCAGGGUUCUGAACUGAACUGAAGAUACUGACUGUGUUUCUCAGAUUAAGGUAAAGAAACAGAAACCAGAUUCUUCCUACCUACUCUGCUUUAAUCUUAAACUAUAGAUUUGAUUUGAGUCAAGAUCGUCCUGAAUCAAAAAAUAGCUUGUAUUCUCAAAUCCAUGUAUUUCUUUCUCAAAAUAGAUCCCUAAAUUGUUCAAUCCAAAACCAAAAAACCCUAAUGUUUGAUCACUCAGUAUGUCCAAUGGAAAUGUUUCUUACAGAUGUGGGUCUUGUGGAUAUCCACUGAAUUUGAGUGCAUCUGGAAUUGACACUAAACACAAAAAUUCUAACAAAAGGGGGGCUGCCUUUCAUUUGAAGCUGUUGAUAUUAGUCGAUUCACGCAAGUUGACAAGGUAAAUUGCUUGCCUAUCUCUUGGGGUCGAUAUCGUUCGAAAACUAAACUCCUUUGUCGUAAAUGUGGAGUUCAUAUUGGUUAUGGUUAUGUAGUUUCACCUGCCUUAUGUGGGAUUAAUUCGCCAGCAGGGCCAAAUUAUAAGAAAGUUUGUAUAAAGAUUCGUGCUAUUCAAUCUUCUGAGGAGGAUUAGUAAUUUAGUGACAUAAAAAAUGGAAGAAAUUUGUAGAGACAUUGCCGCAACAUCAAUUAUGAACUUGCCAGAUGAUUGCCUACUUCAUAUAUUUCAAGGGUUAGAUAGCUCAAUUGAUCGUGACUCUUUCGGUUUAAGUUGUCAUCGAUGGCUUCAUAUUCAAAACACAAGUCGUCGAUCAUUGCAAUUCAAUUCUUCUUUAACUCAAUACACUAGGUCCACAGUAUCACAAAGAAGACCUAACAUAAGUUCAUUCAAUGUCUGUAAGUUGCUCACUCGUUUCCAACAACUUAGUUCCUUAUCCCUUUCAGGUUGUUCUGAGUUACCUGACUCAAGCUUAUCCCAACUGCAGUUCUUCGGUUCUAACUUGCAAAUCCUAAAUUUAGACUGUUGUUUUAGGAUUUCAGAUACUGGGUUCUGUUUAAUAGCUACAGGAUGUCCCAAUUUGAAAUCAAUUGGACUUUACAGAUGUAAUAUCACCGAUAUUGGUUUGAUCGCGGUAGUUAAAUCUUGUUCAUCCUUACAAAGAAUUAACCUAUCAUACUGCACAAGUAUUUCGGAUCAAGGAAUUGGGUUUCUCUCCCAAGAAUGUCGUCAACUUCGUUCUGUCUCGAUCUCACAUUGCAGAUCGGUAACUGGUACUGGUUUUAUUGGGUGUUCUGAAACACUAAUUCAUGUUGAAGCUGAUUCAUGUAAGCUUGAACCAGAUGGGAUAUCAGGACUUGUUAGUGCAGGCGGACUCGAGCAUCUGAAUCUAUCAGAUUUAUCUUGGUGUAUUCAUGGGGAUGGAUUGGCCAGAAUUGGACAAGGAUCAGCUGUGAAUCUUCGAGUUCUUAAUCUGCGGAUGUGUAGAAAUGCUACUGAUGAAGCAAUUAUGAUGAUUUCUAAAGGAUGUCCAAUAUUACAAGAAUGGAGCCUUGCAUUCUGUCAUGGGAUCACACUUACUGGAUGGGUGACUAUAGGUUCAAAUUGCCAUAACCUGGAGGUACUUCAUGUGAACCGAUGCCGUAAUCUUUGUGACCGUGGAUUGCAGGCUUUGCGUGACGGGUGCAAAUGUCGUUCGAGAUUACACAUGAAUCAUUGUGGUCUUGUUAGCCAGUUGGCAAUAGAGUCGUUCAAAUGCAGACGAGGCAGUGUGGAUAUCAGGGAAGAAGAACUAGUUUACAUUUUUGGUUUUCCCCAGUUAAACUUCACUUAAGAAGAGGCAAGAAUUUAUAUCCUAUGAAUUUGUGUUCUAUUUUUGGAAGGGAUGAAAACAAGUGUGAUAAUAACACCACUGAUCAUUUUAUUGGGUCGGGUUACGAGUUCAACACGGAUUCUUUUCUUUUGGUAAAUCCAGUGCAGGUGUCAAGUGAUUCUUAGCCAGGCAGUCUGCUUAUUUUGCUCUAUUAAAUAAGGUUCAUCAUCUUUCAAAGUGGCUUACUGAAGUUUGUAAGGUUCUGUAACCUAUUGAUGGGAGUAAAUUCAAUUUCACUAAUUUUGGUCAAGCGGAAGUGCUUUUUCCAAUUGAUAUUUCUCUCAGCAUGUUGCUACUGAUCUAUCUAAUAUUUUUUUGGUCCUAAUAAUUUUUUUUGGCGGCACCAAAGUCCAGUCUUUGUGCAAUCAAGGUGGCUCUCAAAUGAUAAAAAUAUUACUGCAGAAUUGGGUUCGCUACAACAUAACUCCCGUGCUUGUGUUUCAGGUUAGCCAUUUUCUGGUAUAAGCACCUGCUUUGUAAUCCAAGGAUCUCGAGCUUGCAGUUGCCAUGGCUGUUGAUUCUGGACUUCCUUAUGUCUGGUUACAGACAUUAACUGUCCAGGUUACAGUUGCACUUGCACCCUAACUGCUCUAUAACUAGUACUUGGGAGAGAAUUCUCCUGCAUAUCCAGUGGAAAUGACACAUUGGUUGUCUUUGUAGAAUUUGACUGAAAUAAUUGUUCCUGUUGUAGCUUAUGGGACACUGUAAAUUUAUACUAGUACUAUAACAUUUUCAAAUUUAUUAAACAUUUGU